CUUGUUCAGUUAUGUGUUUCACGUGAAACGAAACGGACGCAUGAUGUGGAAAACUACAACGGUGAUUUUGAUUGUUACCAUCGGCACAACUUUUUUAUUUCGCUCCAAUCCUGUCACAGAAAUACCGAACUUGCCCGAAACUUUCUGGGGACCGGAAAAAAAUAAGGGAGCAUCGAAGGAAAUACGACCUUUCGUUAUUAAUGUGUCAAAGUCGGUAAUCGACGAUUUAAACGAACGACUUGCAAAAAGAAGAGAAUUGGUGGAGCCGUUGGAGGAUGUUGCGUGGACUUACGGUAUCAGCACAACUUAUUUGAAAAAUAUUCUUGAAUACUGGUAUACGAAAUAUAAUUGGACUGAACGGCAAGCACUGCUCAACAAAUAUCCUCAGUAUGUAACCAAUAUACAAGGUCUGGAUAUACAUUUUUAUCAUGUGAAACCACAUAUUCCACCGGAGCGAAAAAAUAUAAAAGUUCUUCCGCUGUUAAUUCUACAUGGUUGGCCAGGAUCCGUGGUGGAAUUUCAAAAAAUUUUGCCUAUAUUAACGACACCGCGUCCUGACAAAGACUUUGUAUUUGAGGUGAUAGCACCUUCACUUCCAGGAUAUGGAUUUUCGCAAGCGGCUGUACGACCAGGAAUGGGCCCGGCACAGAUAUCUGUUAUAUUCAAAAAUCUUAUGUUACGUCUUGGCUUCAACAAGUUCUACGUACAGGGAGGAGACUGGGGUUCAGUUAUUGCCAGGAAUAUAGCUAUUUUCUUCCCAGACAACGUUCUUGGCGGCCAUUUGAAUAUGUGUGUAGUAAUGAGCAAGUCAAACUUUUUUUGGAAAUUGCUUGGUGUUUUUAUCCCAUCACUCGUAGUCGAGAGUGAACAUUAUUCUAGAAUGUAUCCUUUAGAAUCUCACUUGAGUUUUCUCAUUGAAGAAUCAGGAUACUUUCAUAUACAAGCUACUAAACCGGAUACUAUAGGCACUGCUGUGGCAGCUUCGCCAGUAGGAUUAGCAGGAUAUAUCUUGGAAAAAUUCAGUACAGCAACAAACUCAGAAUACAGAUUGCGUGCUGAUGGCGGUUUGCUCGAGAAAUUCACCUUAGAUGAACUUUUAGAUAACAUUAUGUUUUAUUGGGUUACCAAUUCUUUUACUACGAGCGUUCGUAUUUACGCCGAGCAAGUUAACAAGGCACAUUAUGCGAGCAAAAUAGAAGAACUGCAAGUUCAUGUGCCAAUGGGAUGUGCGAUAUUUCCUCAUGAGAUUUUUUAUGAUUCGGAGAGUCUCGUUCGUCAGAGAUAUAUAAAUUUGAUACACUUUAACCAUUUACCACGUGGAGGUCAUUUCGCUGCACUUGAGGAACCAGCUCUUUUAGCAGACGAUGUUUUCGAAUUUGUUUCCAAGACUCAAGAUAAUAAAAAGAAAACUAAUAACAAAGACGUACCGAAAACGGAAAAGAAGAGAAAGGAGCCCACAAAAAUUUGAAUAAAUUGCUAUGCCACGUUAAAAGAGGAAAUAAUAAAAUCUAAAAAUAUU